AUGCUGAUCUCUUCUUUCCGACAUUCCACUAAAGUGCUCUUCCCGGGUCUCUACGUCGAACUUUUGGAGGCUCGUGGCUAUGCUGUAAUCGACAGCAUCAUGGCAGCACGCAUGGAGUUCAUGGACGAAAAGAGGUGGAAACAGACUAAAGCACCACUGAAGACUUCCGACAACGCAGAGCCUUCAGCUUAUGGCUAUGGCUGGGGUGUGCCAGGGCCAACCACCGCAGAGCUCCUCCCUUGGAGUUGGAAGAUUUCGCCACAGGCUCAAACAACUAAGUGUCCGCCCUUCGCCGAGUACGCAAGCAUCUUCAUCGGCGUCAAUAUCGUCGCUGCGAUAGUCAGCGCUGUUUUUGGGAAUCGCCGUGUCGUGAGAAGAUUGACUUGUGGGCUGAUGGGAAAGCCAUUGAGCAGGUCCUUCCUGUAUAUGUGGAUCGUGACUCUAGCACUGAAUCUUGGAGCCAACGCGAUCAAUGCUUGGCUGAUCAAGAAGACACCUGGCUAUGAUGCAACGUUCGGAAUCGGGGAGCUGGUGCUAUUAUUCUGUCUUAGACCGAGGGUGGGCUGGAUAGUCCUCGGCUUGCUGGGGCUGAAUCCGAAGAGGUCGGGGAAAGGAAAGACACUGGACGUAAGAACACGGAAAGAGCUCCCAAUGCUGAAAACUCGGCUUGACGAAUCCGAUUACCACACUCCUUCUCCUCGACGUCGUAAUCUCAUCUACGACGACUCGUACGCUGCAGACGACGCUCGGUACGGAACAUACGAUUCUGGCGUUGCCGUCACACCCCGUUACCUUGCGUCAGACGUUCACCCUUUCCCCUCCGAUCACGACGGUUCAUCAGAUUGGUACCGCGUUCACGACUACACAUACGCCGCAUCCGUGUUUUCCUCGUUAUUUGCGGAAUAUGUCCUGCAGGUGCUAAGCCUGAUACCUCUAGGCAAGACUGUACAUCUUGCAGCAACUAAAGGGUACUAUAGGAUUAGCAGCCCAGCGUAUGAAUCUGUGCCAUUUGGUGCGCACAUGAUGUACUCUGGUGCUCUAGCCGCUUUGUUGAUGACCAUCUUCCUGCUUGUAUCCUCCCCGGUGUACAUCCACCAGUCCAUCGAUGAGAUAAUCUUGAAUCCAUGCAAGCACAGAGAGACCUUGCUGCACAAGACGCUGCAUGGAGCGAUUAUGUUGUUUCCGCUGCUGCAAUGCGGGACCUUGUGGAUCUUUUGGUCUGGUCUCUUUAUGCUUGCGGGUCGGCUAUACUGCCCUCCAUAUGUAGUUCAACAAGGCGGUGUUUGGGCAGGUCUUUCGAGUCUUGGGAUCAUUGUAGGAGCAGGCUUCUAG